UUAUGACCUACCAGUGUAAGACCCAUACAUCCUGCUAUAAGAAGCCAGUGGAUGAGUUCCACCCGUUCAUUGAGGCCCUGCUGCCCCAGGUCCGUGCCUUUGCCUACACAUGGUUCAACCUCCAGGCCAGGAAGAGGAAGUACUUCAAAAAACAUGAGAAAAGGAUGACUAAUGAAGAAGAAAGAGCUGUCAAAGAUGAACUACUUGGGGAGAAGGCAGAGGUGAAACAGAAGUGGGCAAGCCGUCUUUUGGCCAAGCUAAGAAAGGACAUUAGACCCGAAUGCAGAGAAGACUUUGUUCUGUCAAUCACUGGGAAGAAAGCUGCAUGCUGUGUCCUGUCAAACCCUGACCAGAAAGGCAAAAUGAGACGCAUAGACUGUCUCCGACAAGCUGACAAGGUCUGGAGGUUGGACCUGGUGAUGGUCAUCCUGUUUAAAGGAAUCCCAUUGGAAAGCACAGAUGGAGAGCGGCUGGUGAAAGGAGGCCAGUGCUCCAAUCCAGUCCUCUGUGUCCAGCCUCGACACAUCUCUGUCUCUGUCAAAGAGCUCGACCUCUACCUCGCUUACUAUGUACAAGAAAAAGGUAUGUACCAACACACACACUUUAAUGGAAACCCCACCAGGCCCGUUCGUGGCGCGUUGCGUGAGUGUCGUGUAUUUGGUCUGUCCUUCAAACCCUACUGGGAGCGUUUCAGAAGCGAGCGUUUAGUCGGACAGACUUUGAUUACUUGCUAA